AUGUGGCGGCCGCUGGCCGCGCUCGCCGCCCGCGGCGCCGCCACCGGGGCCGCCGGCGGGGCCCGCCCCGCGCCCGCGCCGCUGCCGCUGCUGCUGCUGGCGCUGCUCGGCCGCCGCCGCGCCUGCGGGAGGGCGCGGCGGGCCCGGCAGCGCGGCGGCACCGGGGAGGCGGCGGGAGGAGGAACCGGGAGCGGCGGAAGCGGGGGCGGCGGUACCGGCGGCGGCCGCUGGGGGAGGCCCCGCGGGCGGACGGGGCUGAUGGCGGCGCUCGGUACCGGAGCGUUCGUGUGGGACGGGCAGCGCAUCGAGGAGGAGGAGCUGAGGCGGUCGGCGCAGGAGCUGCAGCGCCUGGAGAAUCCCGAGGCGUUCCCGGAGCAGGAGCGGGGCUGGGAGCCGCUGCUGGAGCGGGAGCGCUUCCGCCUCUGGCGCCGCCCCAUCCCGGGAUCCGGGCUCUUCCAGUACCGGGUUUUCGGCUCCUACACCGACGUCACUCCCCGGCAAUUCUUCAACGUCCAGCUGGACACGGAGUACCGGAAGCAGUGGGACUCGCUGGUGCUGAAGCUGGAGGUGCUGGAGCGCGACCCCGCCACCGGAUCCGAGGUGAUCCACUGGGUCACCCAGUUCCCGUAUCCGAUGUAUUCCCGGGAUUACGUUUACGUGCGGCGCUACAGCGUCGACCCCGAGCGGCAGCUGAUGGUGCUCGUCUCCCGGGCCGUGGAGCACCCCGGGGUCCCCGAGCAGCCGGAGCACGUCCGCGUGCGCAGCUACGAAUCCCACCUGGUGAUCCGGCCCCACCGCGGCUUCGACGAGAACGGCUUCGAUUACCUGCUGACGUACAGCGACAACCCGCAGACCGUGUUCCCCCGCUACUGCCUCAGCUGGAUGGUGUCCAGCGGGAUGCCGGAAUUCCUGGAGAAGCUGCACUCGGCGGCGCUGAAGGCCAAGAAAAUGGAGCUGGAGCUGCGCGACUGCCUCGGCCCCGAGCCCCGCGGAGCCGCCCGCCUCGAGUACGCCUGAGGCUCCGGAAAAACCACGGAAAACAGCGGGAAACGGCGGGAAAAUGGCGGGAAAACAACGGGAAACGGCGGGGAAACAACGGGGAAAGUCAUGGAAAACAACGGGGAAAGUCAUGGAAAACAACGGGGAACGGCAGGAAAACAAUGGGGAAACAACACGAAAACGGCGGGAAAACGGCAGGAAAACAACAGGAAAAUGGUGGGAAAACAAUGAGAAAAUGGCAGGGAAACAACUGGAAAAUGGAUGGGAAAACAACAGGAAAAUGGUGGGAAAAGUCAUGGAAAACAACGGGGAAACGGCAGGAAAACGGCAGGAAAACAACGGGGAAACAACGGGGAAAUGGCGGGAAACAAUGAGAAAAGUCAUGAAAAACGGCGGGAAAACAACGGGGAAAGUCAUGGAAAACAACAGGAAAAGUAAGGGAAAACAAUGGGAAAACGGCAGGAAAACAACAGGAAAAGCCAUGGAAAACGGUGGGAAAAGUCAUGGAAAACAGUGGGAAAACAACAGGAAAAUGGUGGGAAAACAACGGGAAAAUGGCAGGAAAACAGCCGGAAAUCAAUGAGGAAAUGGCGGGGAAACAACUGGAAAAUAACAGGAAAAUGAACAGGAAAAUGGUGGGAAAACAAUGAGAAAUUGGCAAGAGAAGAAGGAGAAAAUCUGGUUGGAAAAGUCGUGGAAAAUGGCGGGAAAACAACGGGAAUUUGGUGGGAAUGCAACAGGAAAAUGGCAGGAAAAGUCCUGGAAAUUGGCGGGAAAGGCUGGGGAAAUGCCAGCAAAAAACGGGGAAAAAACUCUGGGGUUGUGUCAGAAGCACUGGAAAUAAACUGGGAAAAAAAGCCA